AUGCCUCCUAUAAAUAAUUCAAAGUCAAAUAAUAGGCGCCGAUCUAUGCGCGAUGAAAUAGGAAAGGAAUAUGAUGGACAGUUUAAUGACGAUGAAAAUGAAAAACGCAGUCGACGCGUUAAUAGGCCUACCAAUGACCCACGUCGUCAGUCAUUAGGUCUUGGAAAUCGAAAUGUAAAUGCGACACCAAUGCGGAACUCAGCUACACCAGGCCCAGUGUUUUCUGCUGCUGAUUCUCCAGGAUUCAGGACCGUUCCUAUUAUGGCUAGUUUUGAAGAUGUGAUGAAUCUUGUCAAAAACAAUAAGAUUACAGAAAGUAACUCGUGGAAUUAUCAACUAAUUGAUUACUUCCAUGACAUGUCAGUACUCAAAGAAGGAGAUGGAAUUAACUUUCAAAAGGCUUCAUUUACCCUUGAUGGGUGUGUUAAAAUUUAUACGUCGCGUGUUGACUCAGUGUCUUCAGAGACUACAAAACUUUUAAGUGGUCUUUCUGAGCAAUCUGGAAACGGAAAAAAGGAUGGAAAGAAUCAGGAAGAUGAAAAUGAAGGUGAUAUUGUUGAAUCAAGACAAAAAUCUCGAAAACGAAACAGAGGAGAGUCAACACUUGCUAAGGAUUUUUCUGAAAUCAAGGCCAAGAAACUUGAGCUUGAGCUUGCUGUCGAUCCACUUUUUCGUAAAGUCAUGGCAGAUUUUAACGAGGGUGGAGCCCAUAGUCUAUUAUUAAACAGUUUGAGCAUUGAUGGAACCGGUCGCGUCGUUUUUGAUGGACAAAGUGAUGCAAAUGGAGAUGCAGAGAAAGAAUCAAAUACAGCAAUGCCCCCACCAGACACACAAAUACCCACAGCACAAGAAACGCUAAAAUCUCAAAAAAAUGUCAUUCAAAUUGAUUUAGAUCUUCUCCGAGAGCGAUUUUUCCCUGAUAUAGAAGAGCUUAAUGAGAUGAGCGUUUGUCCAUCUUUACCUCGUUUGGAAGAGAUUGUCAAGGACCCAUCUAACUCUGUUUCUAUUAUACCUGACGUGGAGACGCUACAAAUGGAAGAAGCUGAUCGCAUAGAGCAGCAAAGAAGAAUGAUGCAAACAAGUAUAAGCACAUCAAUUUCUUCGACACUUCCUUCAGAAAACCAGCAACAGUACUCUCAUGAAGAUGACGAUGAUGACAUAGUAGACGGUGCAGCAUUUAUUCAGCAAAAAUUAGCUGCAACACAGCCCAAUAAUGGAUCAGAGCAUGUGGGACAAGAAAACCAGAAUAGCGGUGAAAACGAAUUAGGCGGUGACUAUGGUGGUGAUUAUGAUAAUGAUUAUGGGGGUGACUAUGACGGUGGUUAUGGUAGCAAUGAUGACGACGAUGAUGGUGAUAUAGGUGCAUUUGGAUUGAUAGACCCUGAAGUUGAUGGAGAAGUCACUUUUGGCGAGCCAGAUGUACCGACUCAAAAGAAUAUUAAUGAUGAUGUUGACAUGGAAGAACCCCAACAGAUCAAUGAAAAGGCCAAUGAAGUCUCCGGCGAAAAAGGACAGGAAGCUUUUACUCAGAUUAUGGCAUACUUUGAUGAAAACUUAAAGUCUAACUGGGCUGGCCCAGUUCACUGGAAAAUUCAAAAAGUAAAGAAUCUUAUUUGCGUUGAUCAAAAUCCCCAGGAACCCGAUGCGGUAGCUCCAAAACCUAUUGAAGAGAUUCAGGAAGAAGCUUUGGAUGGUAUAGACCCAUUGCAACUAGGUUCUGAAGAACCAGCGCCUCCUGUCACAACAGAUGGAAAGAAAAAAGUUCGAAGACGAAAAGAGAUCAUGACCAUUGAUAUGCUAAACGACCAGGAUGUUAUGGAUGAUGACAUUUUUAUUUCUGGUGAAAGCCGGAUAUAUAUUCCACGAAAUCAACGCAACAUUACUACAAACCUUUUGCCAGAAGAUAUGCAUUUCCAGUCUGAUGAUUUGAUUCAUCUUUUUUACAAGCCAAAGGCAACUCUUUUUCGCAAAAAUAACAGUGUCACUGAGGUUAGUGUUCACAUUGAUUCAAUUGGUGAUAAGAACGUUGAUGCCGAAGGCUUACCGAAGCCAGAUGAUUUCAUUGAUGAAAAUUUUUUUGCUGGUCAUAUGAAUGAAAAUGGUCAAACUGAUAUCCAUCCAAGCUUUGGAGACGAUGCAUUUCCGGCAUUUGAUAAUGAUGGUGGAGACGAUGAUGACAAUGAUUACGGUGGCGACUAUGGGGACGACGAUAUGGAUGAAAACACAUUCCCAGACGCCACACAGGCUGAUCCUUUUGGUUCUAAUGGUGAUGAAAGACUGGGAAGUGUUGGACUGGAUGGUACCCGUAUAGACUUAUUGGGAAGUGUGCGGGCUCGACCAGAAUACGUUCCAUAUGCCCGGUCAGCCAAACGAGUAGAUCUAAAGCGUCUAAAAGAUAACUUUUGGAAAUUAUUGGAUCUCGAUGAAGCCAGCAAUAAUGAAGAAAUGGAAAUUGAAACAGAAGAAGAAAGUUUGCCACCUCCAGAAAAGUCACCUUCUAUCCACCACGAAGAGCGCAUGUUUUCUUCAAUGAUGAAAAACUUAGACACAAUAUAUCAGGGCCGGCAGCUUCAAGAUAUUUCAACUAGCUUUUGCUUUAUCUCGCUACUUCACUUGGCAAAUGAGAAAGGUCUUGUACUGGAAUCACGAGAAGAUUACACAGACAUUGCUAUUAAACGAGAUUUGAAUGUUAGAAAAGAUCAACUUUCUGCAUAA